GCGAAGAUGGCGGAGAACAGCGGUCGCGCCGGCAAGAGCAGCGGGAGCGGCGCGGGGAAGGGGGCGGUGUCGGCCGAGCAGGUGAUUGCUGGCUUCAACCGCCUUCGGCAGGAACAGCGGGGCCUAGCGUCCAAGGCAGCCGAGCUGGAGAUGGAGCUGAAUGAGCACAGCCUGGUGAUCGACACCCUGAAGGAGGUAGAUGAAACCCGCAAGUGCUUUCGCAUGGUUGGAGGGGUGCUGGUGGAGCGCACCGUCAAAGAGGUGCUGCCUGCCCUGGAGAACAAUAAGGAGCAGAUACAGAAGAUCAUUGAGACUUUGACCCAGCAGCUUCAGGCAAAGGGAAAAGAACUAAAUGAAUUCCGGGAAAAGCACAACAUCCGACUCAUGGGGGAGGAGGAGAAGCCAGCCCAGGAAAAUGCGGACGGGGCUGGGGCCAAGGCCGGCUCUGCAGGGGUGCUGGUUUCCUAGGGACUGAGGCCUUGGCACCUUUUCCUACCCUGACCCUGCCUUCUUUUAAUCUCUUUAUUAUUUUCUCUGCUAUUGUAAUAUUUUUUUGUUGUUAAUUAAAUGUUUUGGUCAGAAUGGUGA